CAAGUUUAAUCGCGAGUAAUUCCUAAGGGAUCCAUGACUCCCUCAAACCGCUGCACACGUCAACCGGUCACCUUUCCAUUGUUUUCAUCGCCAAGGCAGGUUUUAUGUACCCAGGCUUGAUCGACACUAGGUAGAGUUAACGAGCUGGCUAUCGAGACUCUGGAGACUUUGGAGACUUUGGACUGGGGGCACUAGGGGGGAUCCAUUUAGGGGACAUUAGGGACAUUAGGGACAUUAGGGGGUCAUUCGGACGGCAUGAUGCCUGCCGGCUUUCUGUGGUCCAUUUGCAUGUAUUACUUCACGCCCUCCUAACCGUACACUAACUUCUUAUUACCACUCGAAGGAAAAAUAUGCCUUCUCCUUUGUCCAACUAUCAUCCAUCUCAACGACGCUUGCCCACUCUUUCUUCACCGCCUCAGCCAACGACAUUGUCUGUUAAUAGUGUACUGGCUCCCAAUCCCACCAACAUUGAUUUCUCCAAUCCUUCCUCAGCAUCCUCUGCCACCACCAGCUUCAAGGUAGACUGGUCGUCAGAUGGUGCCAACCCUUCCUCCGCCCACGCCGCCGGUCGCCAUCCCGACGACAUCGAGAUGGAUUCUAUAGCUGCUCCCACCGGCCAUCGUCGCCGUCGGAGCACGCUUACAGCGAAUCCGAGCCCCGGUCAACCAUCCAAUUCACGAACUUCGCGACCACGUGCUACCAGCAUUAAGAGCCCUGGUGACUUGGAGGUGAAUAUUUCCGAAGAAAAUCGCAGCCGGGAUGUGUCUAGAUCGGAAGGCAAGGACGAGGACAGCAUGUCGGAAGAGGAUCUACAUGACGACGAGGAGACGGGCUUGACGAAGAAGGAUAAGCGGAGGAAGCAGGCCAAGCGACGACGAAAUACCAGACUAGACCAGAGGAUCGCAAGGGACAGGAUCACGGAUGAGGAACGGAAAGAGGCGGACCAGAAUGUGUUCAGGAAAUUGGUCGUCAAUGCGAUCCUCAUAGGUCUCUGGUAUUUGUUCUCGUUGUCAAUCUCUUUAUACAACAAAUGGAUGUUCGAUUCGGGCCAACUCAACUUUGCAUUUCCCUUAUUCACGACCGCGACGCACAUGCUCGUACAAUUUUCCCUUUCUAGUCUAGUAUUAUUCUUCAUACCUUCCUUACGACCCUUCCACGCGCAGUAUAGCUCCGACUUGGGUCGGUCGAGACACGAGGCUGAGCCUGAACGUCCAAUUAUGACCAAGAUGUUUUAUUUAACGAGGAUUGGGCCGUGUGGUGCAGCCACGGGGUUAGACAUCGGACUGGGAAACACUUCCCUGAAGUUCAUCACCCUUACUUUCUAUACCAUGUGCAAAUCCUCUUCCUUGGCCUUCGUGCUGCUCUUCGCCUUCGUUUUCCGCCUCGAAACUCCUACGUGGAAACUGGUAGCUAUCAUCGCGACUAUGACUGGUGGUGUGGUGAUGAUGGUAGCUGGUGAGGUCGAAUUCGAGCUGGGAGGUUUUAUCCUCGUCAUAUCCGCCGCCUUUUUCUCCGGCUUUCGUUGGGGUCUUACGCAAAUAUUGUUGCUUCGAAACCCGGCCACUUCGAAUCCGUUCUCUAGCAUUUUCUUCCUUGCGCCUGUCAUGUUCCUUACUCUGAUAGUCAUCGCGGUACCGGUGGAGGGGUUCUUCGAAUUGAUCGAGGGAUUGAAGGCUUUGAGUAACGAGUGGGGCGCUCUUAGGACCCCCCUGAUUCUCCUUUUCCCAGGUACCAUCGCCUUCUUAAUGACGGCUAGCGAGUUCGCUCUGCUGCAGCGAAGCAGCGUUGUCACCCUUUCCAUUGCUGGUAUCUUUAAAGAGGUCGUCACCAUUUCGGCCGCAGCGCUGGUCUUCGACGAUAAGCUCACACCCAUCAACAUCUCGGGCUUGGUUGUGACGAUUGCUGCUAUCGGUGCCUACAACUGGAUCAAACUGUCCAAGAUGCGCAACGAUGCCCAGCUAGACGUGCAUAGCAAGAGCUACCAACAAGCGCAGUCAGGUUCCUCUAGUGAGGUUGAGCGCGGAAGCGAUUCUGAUGAGGAAGAAACCGGACUUCUAGCCCACGAAGACGUGAGCGGUAUAGAAGAUAACCUGCUUGCCGCCGACGGGGAUUCCAUACCAAACUCCAGACCUUCAAGCUCUACCGAACCCCACCGGACGGAGCGCUCGAGGGAGGAUUGACCAUAACUGAUUUUGUUUUGUUUGUAAAAGAUUGUUCAAAAUAGAGGUGCGGGGAAUAUAAGGCGCAAACUUGUACAUCUGCAUGGAAUAAAGCAUACUUGGAAACGGUGUCCGCGUGGCAAGGCUGUGAAUAUUAAAAAAACAAAAGGGGCGGAUGAAUCACUCACGUAGGACGUCAAGGCUGCAUUAGGGGGUACACGAAAAGGAUCUCGGUUUAAGAGGACAGGGCCCAUGCAUGACCUAAGUAUCUAUCCGCCAGAUGAGGAAGCUACUAGGCAGUUGGUGGAUGUGUGAGGAAAACAGAUGCACCGCAUCUAGAGCUUGAGGUGAGAGAACAGGGGACGGUGAGAAGGAAACGAAGCAGGUCUAAGGCAACGAUGACCUAGCUAAGUAGGGACGAAAGGAUCACAUAAGGAAACAAGAUACCCCGAAUGCAAAUAUAGAAGAUUGACACAUCUAAGUACUCGAGCAUAAAAGCUAGUCAGGUCUACUGUUGAAUGUCUUAAGGACUAUGGAUAGGAAAACAGCAAGGUAGACAGUUUGUAUGUAUACGCAGACGACUGCUGGUAGCUAGUCGGUCGUGGAAUCAAAAUUGUAUAACAGUCACAGGGACGGAAGGAAUACGACAUCGUAUCUUCACCUAAAAUAGAGCACAUCAAAGUUGCGUUCUCAAG